AUGAUUUAUCUGAAACUGCUGUUCCAGGAAAUAUGGAGGGCGGGAACUUCAUGGGAUGACGAGAUUGGCGACAAACAGUUAGUAAAAUGGCGGAAUUGGCUGCAGCUUUUGGUGAAGGUUGAAUCCGUGCGAAUUCCUCGUUGCUACCAUGUGUCUCCUUCGGUUAAUGAGCAACGUACAAUCGAGUUGCAUACGUUUGUGGAUGCCAGCGAACUCAGUUACGCAGCAGUUUGUUAUUUGCGACGAGGAACACCAUUGCAAAUAAUAAGCGAUCGAGGUACCAAUUUGGUGGGAGCGUCGAAGGAACUCAAAACAGCUUUGGAUCAAGUCGACAGCGACAAAGUUGUUCGUGAGUUCACUACGACGUCUACUUCAUGGAUCUUCAAUCCCCCGGCAUCCCCGCAUAUGGGCGGCAUAUGGGAAAGGAUGAUACAGACGGUUAAAAAGAUCCUAGAAGAAAUUAAACCGAAACGCUUGCUAUCCGAUGAAGUCCUUAGGAAUCUUAUGGCAGAAAUCGAAAACAUCGUGAAUAGCAGGCCCUUGACCCAUGUUCCCGUUGACGGUGAAUCAUCUCUCGCUCCACCGCAACACCGAACCAUUUUUUGGUUGGAUCAUCGAACGGUACUGGCAAACUAUUUUUGGAAGCGCUGGGUGAACGAGUAUACUCCCAUAAUUACACGCCGGGAAAAGUGGUUUAGCGCGGUGAAAGCUAUUGCUGUUGGGGACAUUGUCAUCGUCGUCGACCCCAACUUUCCGAGGAACUGCUGGCCCAAAGGAAGUAUUGUUGCAGUGAAGGUUUCGAAAGACGGUCAAGUACGCUCAGCAACGGUUCAGACCGCGGCUGGCAUCUACGAGAGACCUGCGGUGAAAUCGGCGGUGCUGGACAUCGGGGCAAACAGGAGUAUGCUGGACCAGGGUCCAACUACUGGGGGGGACUGUUGUGAACGCCCCUCGUCAGUGAGCGCACCUUGA